AUGGAAUCGAGCACCUUACCACCAGUUUAUAAAAUGUUCGAAAUAAACGGCUGGCUAUCUGUUAUGAUACUAUUUUUAUUUGCAAUUGUUGCAUUUUUGUAUAUUGUUCUUCUAAUUGCUCUAUUUCCUCUUUUUGUGAUCACUAGCAUUUUGAAUCGAGAACGGGAUCGAGAGACCUUAAUCUAUCCAAUAACUAAUCAUUUUUUCAAAGCAAUCUGUUUGUAUUAUUUGUUUUUCCUCCUAUUCGCAAUGUUCAUUGUAUUCUUCUCUUCGGCGAUUAUAACUCCAGCUAUGUUCGUGUUUAUGGUUCUCAUUUGUCAUACUCAUCAUAUAAUUGUGUCUCUUUUGGCUAUUCAGAGAUUUCUUCUCUACUUCUUCUCUUUUCUUGAACCAUAUAUAACACCAAGAAAACCAAAGUUUAUACGGAUCUACAUUUUGUUUUUCUUGCUUUUCGCAUUACUGGUUUUCCUCGAUAAGUCAACUGAAAAAGAAAAUUGGCUUUUAAUAUAUUACAUUACUUUGAAUAGUGUUUUAUUUCUAUGUGCUGCAUUGUACAUCCCAAUGGUUAUCAGUAUUCGAAAAUUGCAACAUUUAGCAUCAUCGAUUAAAAAUAAGCCACAUAAGUAUAUCAUGUAUCAGACUACACUUAUUAUUGCUUUCAAAAUAGCACAAUUAUUUACCACACUUUUAUUCGUGUUCGGCGGAGAUGCCUUCUCCAAUAAUUUUCCUUUUCUUUGUGUACUUGAUUUGUUUUCCACUCCAGCGACUAUUCAAUUGUCAUAUUUGUUAUGUAACAAGAAGACUUUAGCUGAUGUACGGAAACGAUCAACGCUGAGAAAUGUUUUUCGGAUAGUUUUCAAAAAGUCUACUGUGGAGCCGUCAUUGGAAGAAGUCACAACAGCUGCUCCGCCAACUUGA